CAUGGCUACCUCCUCAUUCACAAGACCCUUUCCUGACUUUUCCAAAUGAUAUAGCAUCGAAAGAUGUUAUCUUCCUCCCCUCAUGGCAUCCAGGUCACUGGGCUUUGUGUGAAAAUUGCCUCUAAAAUAAUGCCAGGUAGCUGGAAAGAACCGCAGAACAAGAACCUACCCAAACAGAUUGACAGUCUGGACUGUGGGAUCUUUAUGCUCAUGUAUGCUCUCUACAUCGCCAUUGGAAGAGCAUUUGAUUUCAGCCAGGAAGACAUGCCAAAAAUUAGAAGAUGGUGGUGUCUUCUCUUACUUCACAAAGGCAACAUGAAAAGCCAAGACAUCGGUCUUCACUUUCCACACGAGAAGAAGGACAUUCAGUGUACCACAGGUAGUGCUUCGUAAUUAUCAGUUGAAAAGUUUUCUGACACUAAUUUUAUAUAUUAGAACUUCACAAAAAGACUUUGACCAACAGGUCACACAGCAGGUCUCCAGCGAGGCCUUCACUGAC